AUGGCCAAACGGGAUCCCACUACGCUGUCCAACUAUGACGCUUGGCGCACCAAGCACACCACCGCUAACUUCAGCAUUGACUUUGAGAACAAGCGCCUGAAGGGCUCGGUGGUCCUGCAGCUGGAGAGCCAGACCGACAAAGAGAGCAAGGAGAUCAUCCUCGACUCUCGCUUUGUCAAGGUGUCGUCGGUCAACGUCAACUCCACAGCGUCCCAGUGGGAGCUGAAGCCGCACUCCGAUCCGUUUGGCGCGCCGCUGCAUGUGCAGGUUCCUGAUGGCGCCGCCAAGGGUGACAUCGUCAACCUGGCCAUUGAGCUGGAGACGACCAGCAAGUGCACUGCGCUGCAGUGGUUGACGCCCGCUCAGACCUCUAACAAGAAGCACCCAUACAUGUUCUCUCAGUGCCAGGCCAUCAAUGCUCGUUCCAUCUUCCCUUGCCAGGAUACUCCUGAUGUCAAGUCUACCAUCAGCUUCAAGUUCACCUCUACCCUCCCAGUCGUUGCUUCUGGUGUUGCUGUUGGUGACCACACGGCUACUCCGGGCGUAGAGAAGGUGUAUGAGUUUGAGCAAAAGGUCCCUAUCCCCUCAUAUCUAUUCGCUGUUGCCUCUGGCGACAUCGUCUCUGCUCCCAUUGGUUCCCGUAGCAAGGUCGUCACUGGUCCCAAUGAGCUGGAAGGCUGCAAGUGGGAGCUUGAGCGAGACAUGGAGAAGUUCCUAGAGAUUGCCGAGAGCAUUGUCUUCCCAUACAAGUGGGGAGAAUACAAUGUUCUUGUUCUGCCCCCCAGUUUCCCUUAUGGAGGCAUGGAGAACCCCAUCUACACUUUCGCUACCCCUACCAUCAUCAGCGGCGACAGGCAGAACGUUGACGUGAUUGCUCACGAGCUUGCCCACAGCUGGAGUGGUAACCUGGUUUCCAAUGCCAGCUGGGAGCACUUCUGGCUUAAUGAGGGCUGGACUGUCUAUCUGGAGCGACGAAUUGAGGCUGCCGUCCACGGCGAGCCUCAGUUUGACUUCUCAUCCAUUAUCGGAUGGAAGGCUCUCGAGGAUGCCGUUGCGCACUUUGGCAAGGACCACGAAUACACAAAGCUCAUCAUCAGCCAUGACAACGUGGACCCUGAGGAUGUUUACAGCACCGUUGCUUACGAGAAGGGCUUCCACUUCCUUUACUACCUGGAUCGUCUCGUUGGCCGAGAGAACUUUGAUAAGUUCAUCCCUCACUACUUCACAAAGUGGGCCGGAAAGUCUCUCGACUCUUUUGAGUUCAGAGAUACAUUUGUGGAUUUCUUCAACAGCCUAGGCAAUGAGGAGAUUAAGCAGAAGGUUGCUACUAUUGACUGGGAAGGCAAGUUUUAUACUCCGGGCUUGCCUCCUAAGCCCGAGUUCGACACUACCCUUGCUGGUCAAUGCUACGAAUUGGCUGCGAAGUGGGAAAAUGAGUCUUAUGAGCCCAGUGCCAAGGAUGUCGAAUCAUUCUCCUCCAAUCAGAAGAUCGUUUUCCUCGAAAAGCUGCAGCAGCAAGGCGCUCUGAGCGCUGAACGGGCCCAGCUUCUGGGCAAGGUCUACAGUCUUCUCGACACCCAGAAUGUUGAGCUCCAGUUUGCCUAUCUGCAGAUCGCUCUCAAGGCCAAUGACAGCACAAGCUACCAGAACACGGCCGAACUUCUUGGCAGGGUCGGUCGCAUGAAGUUCGUCCGACCCUUGUUCCGAUCUUUGAACAAGGUUGAUCGAAGCCUCGCCCUGGAAACUUUCGCCAAGUACAAGGAUUUCUAUCACCCCAUCUGCAGGGGUAUGGUGGAAAAGGAUCUUGGAGUCUAG